UUCGGCCAAAAAACGCUCUCCAGGAGAAGCCCUAUCCCGUUCCCCAUACGGAGGCGUCCCCGAUAUCUCGCUGGGGAUCCCUCAUCUGAAGGAUCGAGGUCGGGAUCCCCCAUCCCUCAACAGCCGACGGUGAAGCCUCCUUCCCGCGUAAUCCUCCUCUCCUCCAGAGUAUUGUGAUGGAUUCUCAAGAUGAUACAAUGGGUAUGUAUACCAGUUUAUUGAGUGAGCGCGUCGUCGUUGAUGAAGUUUGGGAUGACACUCAAAAUUACAGCCCAUUUGGAGAGCAACCAAUUCCAAAUGAAAUUGUUACUCCUCCGGGGAUGGGGUGGUGGGAUCUUGGAGAUUGGAUGGCGGCGGCUAGUGUUCAUAUGCUUGGUCUUUGCAGUGAAGGUGACCUGAUAUUUUCAUGAAAACUUUGCCACAGAUGUACUUUCUGUUACCCGUUUGUUUCACUUCACCAUUGUCACAUACUCUUUUAUUAAAAAAAUGGUUAUGCUCAUAUUUUCGCUACAAUUUGUUAAAGUUACGUGGACAAGUUUCUUCGCCAUACUCUUGGGCCUUAAUGCCUUGUGGCCCUCCGGUGCCAGCGCCUCUUCUUCGCUACCACGGCCGUGUCGUGCUGUCAGAUUCAGCUGCUACCCCGACACUGCUUAUCGACACUAGUGCCCCUUGUAUCGGCUGGAUCCGAAACGUGAACAGGAUUUGCAACCACUGACCCAAUUACGCACCUUGGGGUUCCAGCUGAGGCACCCGUGAUGGAUGCGCUCAUGGCGAACUAUGCAUCCGGCUCUGACGACGACGAGCCAACGGCCAGCACUUUGGAGAAUCAGGAAGCUUCCGCGCUGCUCCCUCCCCCUCCACUUGACCUCCUCCAGCCCCCAAACUUUGUAGAUUACUCGAAAAUGGCACAGGGGAGCCGCAUCCGAAGUUUCCCCCAUGUUGAAGGCAACUACGCACUCCAUGUCUAUAUCCCUGUUGUCAUUCCUUUUGAUGCAAGGAAGCAGCUGACCAUUGUUAUGAGAAGAGCUGCAUCACUUGUGCCAGAUCUCUAUGCCGUCGAUGCUGAUUAUGCACUUGCUGAAUUGUGCAAAGACGAGCAGAAGCUUGAGAAAGUGCUUCUUGCCAGAGAAUUUCAUGUUAGCUUAGGAAGAACUGUUGCAAUUCAGGUGCAUCAAAUCGACUCCAUCGUCGCAAUGCUUCGUCAAAAGUUUCAGUCACAACAGAGUAGGUAUUGGAUGGACUUUACCAAAUGGGAGCAUUUUGUCAACGACGAUUCUACACGGUCAUUUCUGUCACUAGAGGUUACAAGAACUGGGUUAUCAGAGAUAACUAAACAAGUACACAUGGUUGAUGAAGUAUAUCGAUUGCACGGUCUUCCUGAGUUUUACAAGAAUCCUCGGCCGCACAUAUCAUUGGUGUGGGCACUGGGUGAUAUUAGCUCCAAACUGAAGCAGGCAACCAAGGAGAUUGAGAAUUUCCAGAACAGCGUCAACUCGUAUAAAAACUGUAAUCUGAGAUGCAAGUUCAGUCGUGUGGUCUGUAAAGUUGGCAACAAAGUGUACGAUAUCUGUCAAGCUGUAGACUGAAACAAGACUUUCCGAGUUACUGAGUUCCUCUGGUUGUAACAGUGAACUCAAAGCAUGCCAACUGUUCCGGCCAGAUCUGGGGGCUCGUUGAUUCGCAAUAUUUUCAAAACACAAGAAUAGAAAAGCCAUAGAACUGAAUGCCAUCAAUGUCAUGCUAAGAUUAUGUGCUAGUCAUAAUUGUCAUAGAAACAGAGUUUUUUUUUCAUGAGGGGUGACCUCAUGAAAAAUUUCCUUUUGCUUGCAAAGUACAAUGUACCUAUAUUCCUUACUGUACGUUUGGUUAUGCUACAUUCA